GGGGCGCAGCGGGUGCACGCGGGCGCCAGGGUCGCCAUGGCGGAGGUGCAGCAACUCCGAGUGCAGGAGGCCGUGGACGCCAUGGUGAAAAGUGUGGAGAAAGAGAACAUCCGGAAGAUGCAGGGUCUCAUGUUCCGGUGCAGCGCCAGCUGCUGUGAGGACAACCAGGCAUCUAUGCAGCAGGUGCACCAAUGCAUCGAACGCUGCCAUGCACCUUUGGCUCAAGCCCAGGCCUUGGUGACCAGUGAGCUAGAACGGUUCCAGGACCGUCUGGCCCGGUGCACCAUGCAUUGCAAUGACAAAGCCAAAGACUCCAUAGAUGCAGGAAAUAAAGAUCAGCAGGUGAAGCGACAGCUGGACAGCUGUGUGGCCAAGUGUGUGGAUGACCACAUGCACCUCAUCCCAACAAUGACCAAAAAGAUGAAGGAGUCUCUGUCAUCCAUCGGGAAAUAAAAUUGUUUGCCAGUGACCACGGGUCUGAGGGCACGCUAUUUAGAAGGAAGAAUGGAAGUUUAAUCUGUUAAGCAAGUUUAUGAAUGAGGAAAACUCAGGACACAGCAAGUUCCAGGCAAAUGCUGCUCACCUUUGCAUCUGAAUCUUAGAAGGUGAAGUGGAAAGAAGCUGGUGCUGAAAUUCGGAUGACAUAUAGCACAGGGAAGAAUUCUAGAUCCUAAAUUUUCGUGUGCAGGUGCUUGUUCUGGCAAUAGAGAUUGCCCUUUUACCAAGGGCUCAGACUCUCACGACACAGACAUCUGGUAAAGUUGGAGGAAGGUGUGUCUGAUACCGAGCUCCUGUUUCCCACAAGCGUCCCCACACCUUGCAUGUGCUUCGAAACAACACCCAGUUUAGAGGGAGGAAAGGGGUUCCUUUGUCUUAUAUGCAAGGGCACAAAGUGGGUUUAAGAUACAGGAGGGAGAGUAGCUUGAAUAACUUCUGAAGGCUCCUUGUACUUUUUGGCCAUCAAGAUGGGAAAGUCCACUUACUCAAAUUCUGUCAAUUCUGGAAGCCCCUGAAGGAAGGCAGUAUCACAGUGCAUGGGAAACAGCUUCCUUCUCUGACUUGUGUGCAAAUGACACAUUUCCAUGAAGAACAAGGGGAUGUGAUUGUCACUCACAUACCAGUAGCUAAGAGUCAAAUGGGAACUGUUGAGAUGUACUAGGUUUGGGAAAACCUAAAUUUUACAAAGUAAAAGUCCAAACCCAGUAUUACUCCCUCCGCUCCCUGAAUUCACAGAGCCUUUUGGAGGUAAUCCUCUAGCAACAAGACCUAAAACCAACCAAUUUGGGCCAAGGAAAACUAGGACCACUACAGAGCAAGAGAGGCACACACCUUACCAAAUGCCAUUUUUGCCUGGGGUUUUGCAGUGCAGUGUUGCUGCCCCAACAUGGCACCUUAUCUUUUGCAUAAGUACUAUGUUGUGUUUAUACCAAUUAAUUACUUGAAACAGUGAUAAGACUUGUCAGUUUGCUGUCAGGCCUGCAAUAUAUUUUCCAAGUGGUUUUGUUUUUAAAUAAAGUUUCAUUGUCUCCAACUCUUUCCUAAUGGGUAGUGAUACAUCAGUAUGCCUCUGAAUUUUAAGACAUCCUAAGAGUGCAUAGUAGCAGAUGGGAAGCAUUAAGGGAAAGUCAGUGCUUGAAGUCUCUUAAUAUAGAAAAGAUACCCAGAGCCAAGUGGUGGUGGCACACACCUUUAAUCCCAGCACUCGGGAGGCAGAUCUCUUGAGUUUGAGGACAGCCAGGCCUACACAGAGACACUGUCUCAAAAGCCCCUCCAGAAAAAAGGAUCGGGGUGCAAUGGUUGAGGGAAGGAUGGUUGCCCUGGUCUGAGGACAGCUUGGACUACAUAUAGAGACGUCAAAAAAAAAAUGGCUGAGUUGUUUCAACGUUCGUUUUCUAGUUCAAACUAACACACCAAGUGGUGGGAAGAGUACAUAGUUUAAGACUCCUUGUGCUGCCGGGCGGUGGUGGCGGACACCUUUAAUCCCAGCACUCGGGAGGCAGAGGCAGGCGGAUCUCUGUGAGUUCGAGGCCAGCCUGGUCUAGAAGAGCUAGUUCCAGGACAGGAACCAAAAGCU